AACAAGAAACUGACUGUAAAGGGGGUCAACAAGGCCAGAGAUAUAUUGUGUGUCCAAUGUUCAGUUACCAAUGCUAGAGGCACAACAUGGGGAGAUGGAUGUCUUAAUGUUCUAUGUAUGUGGUUGAGCUUUCAUUUAGGAAAAAACUUGAAUGUCUAUAAUAAUUAUUUCAACAAAAAAUUAAAAUUAAUUCAUUUAAAAUGAUUAAAAUUUAAUUAAAUAAACCAGUAAAUUUGGAUUAUUUCAUUCUAAAUAAAAUAUUACAUAAGAGAAAUUCAAAAUAAACAUUAGGAUGUUUAAAAAUAUUUAUCCACCAAACGUUUCAUACCAUUUCUUUCUUUUCAUUAUAUUGUAUACAGUGCCUAUAACAAUAACUCAACAACCAGAGCUAGAACAGAAUAUUGAUCACGGUGACGUCAUAGACCUUACCAUUAAAGCUACAACAGACGAAUCACAGACACUGGCUUACAAGUAAGAAUUACUUUAUUAAAAUAUUUAAAUAUGAAUUUUGAUGUCAGCACAUUUAAUUUGGAAAUAUAACACAUAGUUUAAUGGUAUACUAUUGUAAAAUUUCUUGAAACAUCAAACAAGGAUACCUUAUGAAUCAUCGCUUCUUAUAUAGAGAAACCUCUCGUUAGGACACUUAAUAUGUAAAAUUGCAUUGAAUGGUUGGUGUUUUUGUUUAUAAUUCACAUAUCUUUUUUGAAUUUGUCCCCACCAGGUGGCUCCACUUUCAGAAUAAAAGUACAACAGUUUGGGAUGAGCCUCGUUUCCUGACUAUCGAUACCGUCACUCAUGCUACUAUUAUCAACACCAGUCUAUUGUCAGAAAAGGAGUACGAGACAGUUGGAGGAAUCUACAGAAGAGUCAUAUCACACACAUAUGAAACAAUUAAUGUAGAUGUGCAUGUUGGACUAAAGGAUAAGCCUGAGCCAGGGGGUAGGUAGUUGAUAGUUCGGAUUAUUGUUCUCUUUUCUUAUCAUGAUAUUUUGUUACUCUAACUCUUUGUGAAUCAUUUACCGUCUAGUUGAAACUUACAUAACCACACAAUGAUAGUCAUCUUUUUUAUUCCUCCACCUGCAAAAUACUCAUGGCCUUGUUUUAUUUGAAAUGUACGCAUAUUAAACCAAACCACAUUUUAAGAAGGCCAUUUAUUUAAAUUUGUAAUACAAAUGGUGAGAAAAGUAUACCUCUUUCCCUAAUAUUUUUAAAGUCACCAAUUAACCCACAGAUAACUUGUUUUUCUUUAAUUUUAUUUGAUUAAAAAAAUAUAUAUAAUUUUAUGGUUUUAAUAUAUACAUAACUUUCUGUAAGUACAAGUUUCCAACUAGGAUAUUUGCACCUGAUUUGGCUCAAGAAAAUAUGCUGUAUUCUGUUUAAUGCUGAAAUACUUUUAAACCUAAAAAAUUCUCUUAAUAAGUUACUAAUUAACUCAUUAUAUAUUUCAGUGGUAGUAGCAGAAAGUGCAGGAUCAGACAUGUGGAUAAUUGGCCUGAUUAUUGGAAUUCUCUUCCUUAUCAUAGUCAUUAUAAUAAUCAUAUUCGUCAUCCGCCGUAAACAACAAGAGGGAGACUACAAUGGUAAGUUGUUUUUCUUUAUUCCCUUUUAAAAGAAAAUCAUUGUUCAAUUUAAAAUGUAUUUCAUUGUAGCAAAACUCAUGACAUGAAUAUUUUUUCACCACUACUUAUGGGAAUUAAAAAAAAAAAAAAUUAAAUGAAUUAUUCCUUUUCCUGUAACAAUAAUGAUUACAUUUUAAAGAAGUUAGGGAUAUAUUUUAAGCAAAAUUUAUGUUUUCCCAGUCGACAAAAAAGAGAAACGAGCUGGUCUUGAUCCUGAAAAAGAAUUGGAGGAUAACGGUUUCAGAGAAUACUCCCGACCGUAAGUCUAGCUGAAUCAUAUUUUCCAUUUUUUUUUUUUUUUUUUUUUUUUUUUUUUGUUUUUUUUUUUUUUUUUUUUUUUUUUUUUUUUGAAGUUCGUCUAUGUUAUUUUUCAAAACAUAAAAAAAAUUCCCAUUAAAGAUCAAUUAAUGAAUCCAAUCUAGAUUUCAGUUUGAAAGUGUGGAGCUGUAAAAUUGUUAGGCGACUCAGAUCCUCAUAAUUAUUUGACUGAUAUUCAUAAAAACCCUCUUAAAAUUUGCUGCAAAACAAUAUUUCCUCAGUACUGCAGACCUGCAGUGGUGAUGGUCAUAUUGUUGCAUUGUGUUUUUAUAAUGAACUCACUAGACACGACAACCGUACUAUUAGCGUAGUUGCCUUAGUGACAAUGUUAGUAAAUCUGGGGUCAUCCUUAUAAUAUCUACGCCACCCACUGAGUGGGGAGGGGGUUGUCGAUAUUAAAGAUUGUCCUAUUUUUGCGUAGAGGUGUAUGUGGGGGUGUUUCAGCAGAAAGUACGUACGUUAUUCAAAAAUUCUACAAUAUUCAUCCUGAAUGUCCAAAAAUAGCAUAAGACUAUUUAAAUCUCAAAUGCUGUAAAAAUGUCAUGCAGUGUUUAGUUGGAAUUAUCGUCAUAAUGCUGCCUUGUGUUUUCACAAAUGAACUCGCUAGACAUUGCUUAAAUAGUACUCAGUAGUAGCAGUUUUACGGUACUAUUUCGUCGACCGUAUGUCCAACGUGCUUGUGACAUAUAUUGUUUUGGGCUACACCAGUGAUUUCAAAAAUUUUCAUUUCCUGGCACCUACGCCAAAUUUAGGUUUUCACCAGGCUCCCUGUGUUAAAUUCUUACAAGAACACUUUAAAAUAGCGCAUACAUAAAUAAAAUGAAAGGGUUGGGUAAAAUAAAUAAAUGUACCGAGUAUUUUGGUAAGUAAGACUAAGCGCCAUCUAGACACUGCAAACAAUAGUUCCUCAAGUGAGUUACUCUUUGCACCACGUCACCAUGACCGAUAGAUGUUACAUUGGAUUAAAAGUGGAAAUUAAAUUUAAUUAAGAAAGUUGUGUGAUAUUUCACAACGAGCAGCAGUAACCCAUAUAGUAGAAAAAAAAAGGGGGGGGGGUGUCAUCAAAAAAAAUAUGUGUGCAAUAGGGGGAGGGGGGGGGGUUAAAAAAGUGAUUUUUAAAAUUUUUUNCACUUACUCUAGACACACUUACUCUCGACACACUUACUCUCGACACACUUACUCUCGACACACUUACUCUCGACACACUUACUCUCAACACACUUACACUCGACACACUUACUCUCGACACACCUACUUCCGCCACACCUACUUCCUUUCACCCAUUUACAGCUUGUGGUAUUUAUCAUCUACUUUUAGAAGUUACCUUUUUUGGACACCAGCUUAACUGAAUCCCACUUGACGCGAUGCCAGUACUUAAAACCACAGAUUUUAUUUUUAAUAUCUUUUUUUCCCCCCACCUUAAACAGGGCUUAUGCAGAUUAUGUUUAUCCUGACCUUGAGUAUGAUAAUGGACCUAUCGGAGAUGAUAAACGCCUAGGAGGGGAUGAUGAUGAAGAUGAAACAGCUUUCAAUGAAGAUGGAUCAUUUAUCGGCAUCUACUAG